CCACAAAAGGGUGAGAAUAUUAUUUCUUAAAACUUUUGGGGAUGAGUGUGAAUUCAUCAAAUGGAAAGCUUGUGGAAUUUGCCCCCCAAAAAGAUGCUAGUUACAAUAACAUUAUUCAUUCUAUAUAUAACUAGUCCUUAACACAAGCUUUGGUAUAUUGUAAAUGUUUGAAGAAAAUGGCUACUCCUUCAACUAAAAGGAGCAAGAGCUGGUUUACACACUUCCAAUUUAAGGAUGGCGAGGACUCGACUACCGAAGUUCGAAACGUUCUCUUAAUAGUUGCUACAUUGAUUGCUGCAGUGACCUUUCAAGCUGGGGUUAACCCUCCCGGCGGGGUUUGGCAAGAUGAUGACCAUGGACACACACCAGGAAGUGCCAUUUAUGCCUCUAGAAAACAAGCAUACUAUGUUUUCUUGGUUUUUAACACUGUGGCACUUUCCACGUCGGUUCUGGUCAUUAUGUCUCUCACAUAUAGAUUCCCUUUCCAUUUAGAAAUAUUGAUUGCCACGGCUUCAAUGCUUGUGACUUAUGGAUCUGCCAUAUUUGCUGUCACACCUCAUGAAUCUUAUAGAUUUAAGUACGUCCUGACUGCAGCUGCUUUGCCUUUUCUGCUACGAGGUUUGAUUCGAAUGUUCGACAUGUGUAAAAGUAAGAUCUACAAAUGUUCAGAAAACUUCUAGCAUUUGCCAAUUCUGUAUUAUUAUGAUUAAAAUGUCAUGGUAUAACUGCUCUAAGUACAAAUUUGGGGUCAGUUUGAUGUAGCUUUUUUUU